CCGUCCAAUAAGGAUGCGUCAGAGGCGGAAGUGGGCAGGUCCGGGCGGAAGUGGGCAGAUGUUGCGUUGAAGGAGCGAGGUCAAGCUUCCCCGCGACCGAGACCCGGAAUAUCUCGAGUGGACGCACGAAGACACGCUGAAGAUGUCAUUUGCCAGUGAGAAGCUGUACAACGGCUACCUGAGGACCAACAUGCCGACCAUUGUGAGCACGGUGAAAGUGAGAGAGAUGGUGGUCCAUCUGCCGUGUCUGACCGCUCACGACAGGGAGACCAUCGAGGCCAGGAGGGCGAAGUGCAGCAACUCUGACGGCAUGGUUCUUCUCCUGGACUGCCUGAAGAGGAGGGAGAACUGGCCCGAGCACUUCAUCAACGCGCUGGAGAUGUGCGAGCACACCAGGAUCGCGGCCGAGGUCCGGGCGGAAUACAACGCUCUGAGGGGCGCCCACGACUCCAACCCAAGCUCUCCUUCGCCAGCUGCGAAGACAACCAAUGUCCAUCCGGCUCCAGAUGCACCCCACCUCCUCGUGCUCGAGACCAGUGCAGGUCACCGCCGGGCCGCCGCCACACCCCCUCCGGUAACUGAAGCACAGCCUAAAGCUUCUGUUCCGGCUCCCGGGCCUGAGUCGCCCGACCGAGUGCGUCUCCGAGAGAAUGCCAAGCCGGAGACGCUGGAUCCGGCUCGCCCCGGGCCGGAGGAGACCUCUCAGUCCGAAUUCCUGGACGUUUCCCACCUUGAUCAAGUGAGCCCAGGAGAGGUUUCAGCGGUGCCGACUGAACAGAGCGACAUGGUCUCAGACAUGACCCCCGAACAGAACACAGACUGCAACCCCAGCUUUCCUUCGACCAAGGAGGAGGCGAAAGUACAUCCGGCUCCAGAUGAACCUCACCUCCCCUUGCCCGAGACCAAACACCGAGCAUGUCUCCAAGAGAGCGCCGAGCCGGAGGAGACCUCUCCGUCCGACUUCCUGGACGUUUCCCACCCUGGUCAAGUGAGCCCAGGAGAGGUUUCAGCAGUGCCGACUGAACAGAGCGACGUGGUCUCAGACGUGACCCCCGAACAGAACACAGACUCCAACCCCAGCUUUCCUUCGCCAGUCCCUCCGGCCUCAGAUGAACCUCACCUCCCCGUGCCCGAGACCAGUGCAGGUAACAGCCAGGCCGCCGCCGCUCCGCCAACCCCUCCACAACCCGCCUCCAAUGCCACACCCCCUACGGAAACUGAAGCAUCAGCGCCGGCUCCUGCGCCGGCUCCCGCGCCCGCAACCAAUUCGCCCCCUUCGCCCGACCGAGCGUGUCUCCAAGAGAACGCCGAGCCGGAGGAGACCUCUCCUUUCGACUUCCUGGACGUUUCCAACCCUGAUCAAGUGAGCCCAGGAGAGGUUUCAGCAGUGCCGACUGAACAGAACGACGUGGUCUCAAACGUGACCCCUGAGCAGAACACAGACUCCAACCCCAGCUCUCCUUCGCCAGCUGCGGAGGCGACCAAUGUCCACCUAGCUCCAGAUGAACCUCACCUCCCCGUGCCCGAGACCAGACACCGAGCGUGUCUCCAAGAGAGCGCCGAGCCGGAGGAGACCUCUCCGUCCGACUUCCUGGAUGUUUCCCACCCUGAUCAAGUGAGCCCAGGAGAGGUUUCAGCGGUGCCGACUGAACAGAGCGACGUGGUCUCAGACGUGACACCCGAGCAGAACACAGACUCCAACCCCAGCUCUCCUUCGCCAGCUGCGGAGGCGGCCAAUGUCCAUCCGGCUCCAGAUGAACCUCAACUCCCUGUGCCCGAGACCAGUGCAGGUCACAGCCAGGCCUCCGCCGCGGCGCUAUCCCAUCUGCAACCCGACCCCAAUGCCACACCCUCUCCAGAAACUAAAGCACAGCCUGAAGCAUCUGCACCGGCUCCCGCACCCAUGUCGCCCCCCUCACCCGACCGAGUGUGUCUCCAAGAGAGCGCCGAGCUGGAGGAGACUUCUCCGUCCGACUUCGUGGACGUUUCCCACCCUAAUCAAGUGAGCCCAGGAGAGGUUUCAGCGGUGCCGACUGAACAGAGCGACGUGGUCUCAGACGUGACCCUUGAGCAGAACACAGACUACAACCCCAGCUCUCCUUCGCCAGAUGCGGAGGCGGCCAAUGUCCAUCCGACUCCAGAUGAACCUCAACCCCCCGUGCCCGAGACCAGUGCAGGUCACAGCCAGGCCUCCGCCGCGGCGCUAUCCCCUCCGCAACCCGACCCCAAUGCCACACCCUCUCCAGAAACUAAAGCACAGCCGGAAGCUUCUGCACCGGCUCCCGCACCCGCGUUGCCCCCCUCGCCCGACCGAGCGUGUCUCCAAGAGAGCGCCGAGCCGGAGGAGACUUCUCCAUCCGGCUUCGUGGACGUUUCCCACCCUAAUCAAGUGAGCCCAGGAGAGGUUUCAGCGGUGCCGACUGAACAGAGCGACGUGGUCUCAGACGUGACCCCCGGGCGGCCCCCUGGUGAGACCACAGACCCUCCGGUGGAAGAGGUCGCCGCUGUCACCCUGGAGCCGGAAGAAAAUUCCCUGGUGUGUUCAGUACCUGAUGCCUCGCAGACCGAAAGCACAUCCGUGAGCUCCGCCCUCCUCGCCGACGACCUGACCGUGGGACUGAGCCUGCCCUGCCCGCUUCUCAGCGCCCAGCCGCCGACCACCUACUCGGGCAACACAGACCGUCUGGAAUUCAGCGACUUUGCAGAAGGAGAGACGAGCGCCGGACCCGAGGAAAACCCCCCGGAGGAAGAGGAGGUGCGGGUGCAGGUGAUGCACGUCACCCAGCAGCCGUCGCUCCUCGACCUCGACGGCCAGAGCGUCAGCAACGGCGACGCCUCCAAGCGCGAGGAACCCGCCAACCCCUCCUCCGGCCGGCUGACCGCCAACAGCAAGUACAUCCUGACGGCACUGGGCGUGGGCGCCGGCGCACUGCUGAUGGCGUGGAAGUGGAAGCAUUAAGGCCGGGGGGGGGGGCGAAGGAAGCAUGCCUCAUUGUCGUGGCUCGUCUCUGCAGGUGUGUCUUUCAGCAGCUCACCUGUCCGCUUCUCAGCACCUGUGAGGAAAGCAUGUAGGUGCACGGGGGACCCUGAUUGGACAAACUUCGGGUGGACGGACUGGCGGUGACAACAUUUUUUGACCACGUCUUACGCAACACUUGAGCUUAGCUUUUGUUUUUAGCUUUAAAGUUUUUAUUGUUAACAUUUAUUUUGCAGAUUAAACUACAACUUUAGUCCAAAAAUAGCUUUAAGUGCAUAUAAAAGUGCACCACCUGUCCUGGCUCCGCCCACAGCCUCUGGUUUAGAACCUGGAAAGCUUGGAAAGGCCGAUAAAUUAUGUCUACUACGCUACUGUAUCUUAAUAUUGUCAUUAUGGUGGUACUUAAUGAAUACUUAGGUCUACUAUGCUACUGUAUUUUAAUGUUGUUAUUAUAAAUGACUACGCUGUCGGGCGAAAACAUGUCCAACUAUUUAAAGUUCGACUCGCCACGUCUAGAUUUUUUGAAUUUUGUAGUUACACGCACCCAUAAACACUUGGAGACGAGUCAGGAUAGAGGGAAAGAUGAACGCAGCCAUGUGCAGAGACAUCCGGGUAAUUUGUGCGUUUGAGAGCGGUUCUCUAUGCAAAUGAGUGUCAGGGGAUGGGGGAGGGUGUCGGUCAAUAGGGAGGAUAUGUCAGUCGAUAGUGGAGGGUGUGCCAGUCGAUAAGGAGGGUGUGUCGGUCAAUGGCUGAGGGUGUGUCAGCCGAUAGCGAAGGGUGUGUCAGACGAUGGCUGGGAGAGUUUCAGUCGAUGGCGAAGGGUGUGUCAGUGGAUGGGGAGGGUGUGUCAGUCGAUGAGGAGGGUGUGUCAGUCAAUAGUGGGGUGUGUGUCAGUCGAUAGUGGAGGGUGUGUCAGUCGAUAGUGGAGGGUGUGUCAGUCGAUAGGGAGGGUGUGUCGGUCAAUGGCUGAGGGUCUGUCAGUCGAUAGUGGAGGGUGUGUUAGUCGAUGGGGAGGGUGUGUCAGUCGAUGGGGAGGGUGUGUCAGACGAUAGGGAGGGUGUAUCAGUCCUUGGUGUAGGGUGUGUCAUUCGAUAAGGAGGGUGUGUCGGUCAAUGGCUGAGGGUGUGUCAGUCGAUAGUGGAGGGUGUGUCAGUCGAUAUUGGAGGGUGUGUCAGUCGAUAGCUGGGAGAGUUUCAGUCGAUGGUGGAGGGUGUGUCAGUGGAUGGUGGAAGGUGUGUCAGUCGAUGGGGAGGGUGUGUCAGUCGAUGAGGAGGGUGUGCCAGUCUAUGAGGAGGGUGUGCCAGUCGAUAGGGAGGGUGUGUCAGUCGAUGAGGAGGGUGUGCCAGUCGAUAGGGAGGGUGUGUCAGUCAAUGGUGGAGGGUGUGUCAGUCAAUGGUGGAGGGUGUGUCAGUCGAUGGCUGGGAGAGUUUCAGUCGAUGGCGAAGGGUGUGUCAGUGGAUGGGCAGGGUGUGUCAGUCGAUGGGGAGGGUGUGUCAGUCGAUGAGGAGGGUGUGCCAGUCUAUGAGGAGGGUGUGCCAGUCGAUAGGGAGGGUGUGUCAGUCGAUGAGGAGGGUGUGCCAGUCGAUAGGGAGGGUGUGUCGGUCAAUGGCUGAGGGUGUGUCAGUCGAUAGUGGAGGGUGUGUCAGUCAAUGGUGGAGGGUGUGUCAGUCGAUGGCUGGGAGAGUUUCAGUCGAUGGCGAAGGGUGUGUCAGUGGAUGGGCAGGGUGUGUCAGUCGAUGAGGAGGGUGUGUCAGUCGAUAGUGGAGGGUGUGUCAGUCGAUGGGGAGGGUGUGUCAGUCGAUAGUGGAGGGUGUGUCAGUCAAUAGUGGAGGUUGUGUCAGUCGAUAGGGAGGGUGUGUCGGUCAAUGGCUGAGGGUCUGUCAGUCGAUAGUGGAGGGUGUGUCAGUCGAUGGGGAGGGUGUGUCAGUCGAUAGGGAGGGUGUAUCAGUCCUUGGUGUAGGGUGUGUCAUUCGAUAAGGAGGGUGUGUCGGUCAAUGGCUGAGGGUGUGUCAGUCGAUAGUGGAGGGUGUGUCAGUCGAUAGUGGAGGGUGUGUCAGUCGAUAUUGGAGGGUGUGUCAGUCGAUGGCUGGGAGAGUUUCAGUCGAUGGUGGAGGGUGUGUCAGCGGAUGGUGGAAGGUGUGUCAGUCGAUGAGGAGGGUGUGCCAGUCGAUAGGGAGGGUGUGUCAGUCAAUGGCUGAGGGUGUGUCAGUCGAUAGUGGAGGGUGUGUCAGUCGAUGGAGGAGGGUGUGUUAGUGGAUGUUGGAGGGUGUGUCAGUGGAUGGUGGAGGGUGUGUCAGUGGAUGGUGGAGGGUGUGUCAGUCGAUAGGCAGGGUGUGUCGGUCAAUGGCGAAGGGUGUGUCAGUCGAUAGUGGAGGGUGUGUCAGUCAAUGGCAAAUGAGUGUCGGGAUGGCGGUCAAUAGGGAGGAUGUGUCAGUCCUUGGUGUAGGGUGUGUCAUUCGAUAGGGAGGGUGUAUCAUUCGAUAGUGGAGGGUGUGUCAGUCAAUGGCAAAUGAGUGUCGGGAUGGCGGUCAAUAGGGAGGAUGUGUCAGUCCUUGGUGUAGGGUGUGUCAUUCGAUAGGGAGGGUGUAUCAUUCGAUAGUGGAGGGUGUGUCAGUCGAUAUUGGAGGGUGUGUCAGUCGAUGGCUGGGAGAGUUUCAGUCGAUGGUGGAGGGUGUGUCAGUGGAUGGUGGAAGGUGUGUCAGUCGAUGAGGAGGGUGUGCCAGUCGAUAGGGAGGGUGUGUCAGUCAAUGGCUGAGGGUGUGUCAGUCGAUAGUGGAGGGUGUGUCAGUCGAUGGAGGAGGGUGUGUCAGUGGAUGUUGGAGGGUGUGUCAGUGGAUGGUGGAGGGUGUGUCAGUGGAUGGUGGAGGGUGUGUCAGUCGAUAGGCAGGGUGUGUCGGUCAAUGGCGAAGGGUGUGUCAGUCGAUAGUGGAGGGUGUGUCAGUCAAUGGCAAAUGAGUGUCGGGAUGGCGGUCAAUAGGGAGGAUGUGUCAGUCCUUGGUGUAGGGUGUGUCAUUCGAUAGGGAGGGUGUAUCAUUCGAUAGGGAGGGUGUGUCGGUCAAUGGCUGAGGGUGUGUCAGUGGAUGGUGGAAGGUGUGUCAGUCGAUGGGGAGGGUGUGUCAGUCAUUAGUGGAGGGUGUGUCAGUCGAUAGGGAGGGUGUGUCGGUCAAUGGCGAAGGGUGUGUCAGUCGAUAGUGGAGGGUGUGUCAGUCAAUGGCAAAUGAGUGUCGGGAUGGCGGUCAAUAGGGAGGAUGUGUCAGUCCUUGGUGUAGGGUGUGUCAUUCGAUAGGGAGGGUGUAUCAUUCGAUAGUGGAGGGUGUGUCAGUCAAUGGCAAAUGAGUGUCGGGAUGGCGGUCAAUAGGGAGGAUGUGUCAGUCCUUGGUGUAGGGUGUGUCAUUCGAUAGGGAGGGUGUAUCAUUCGAUAGUGGAGGGUGUGUCAGUCGAUAUUGGAGGGUGUGUCAGUCGAUGGCUGGGAGAGUUUCAGUCGAUGGUGGAGGGUGUGUCAGUGGAUGGUGGAAGGUGUGUCAGUCGAUGAGGAGGGUGUGCCAGUCGAUAGGGAGGGUGUGUCAGUCAAUGGCUGAGGGUGUGUCAGUCGAUAGUGGAGGGUGUGUCAGUCGAUGGAGGAGGGUGUGUCAGUGGAUGUUGGAGGGUGUGUCAGUGGAUGGUGGAGGGUGUGUCAGUGGAUGGUGGAGGGUGUGUCAGUCGAUAGGCAGGGUGUGUCGGUCAAUGGCGAAGGGUGUGUCAGUCGAUAGUGGAGGGUGUGUCAGUCAAUGGCAAAUGAGUGUCGGGAUGGCGGUCAAUAGGGAGGAUGUGUCAGUCCUUGGUGUAGGGUGUGUCAUUCGAUAGGGAGGGUGUAUCAUUCGAUAGGGAGGGUGUGUCGGUCAAUGGCUGAGGGUGUGUCAGUGGAUGGUGGAAGGUGUGUCAGUCGAUGGGGAGGGUGUGUCAGUCAUUAGUGGAGGGUGUGUCAGUCGAUAGGGAGGGUGUGUCGGUCGAUGGCUGAGGGUGUGUCAGUGGAUGGUGGAAGGUGUGUCAGUCAUUAGUGGAGGGUGUGUGAGUCAUUAGUGGAGGGUGUGUCAGUCGAUAGGGAGGGUGUGUCGGUCGAUGGCUGGGAGAGUUUCAGUCGAUGGUGAAGGACCAUUCGCCUCCAUGGUGACAAAUAAAGUAUCUUUAUCACUGGAACACAAGUAAAAUCAAAACAUGCUUCACUACACACCAACUUCACUACUUCACUAGCUCACCUGCAUCAAAAUGUAAACAAACGCCAUGGGUGGAUCUAUAUCUUACAUCCACUGUAAUGAUAUCAGGUACAGGCAUGAAUCUAGUUGAUACUACUAUGAUCACGUCGAUAAUUUUUGGCAUCACAACAUCUUUGUUUUUUAUUAUGUUUAGGAAAUACGUGCCUGGACACACGAGGACUUUGAAUAUGAUCCUGUCACUACUUGGUAUCGCAUCGAUACCUACAUGUGUGGUAUCGUCCAGAUUCAAUGUCAAGUAUCAAAGAAGAGAAGAAUAAGGGAUUAUUACAUUUGAACAGAAGUGGACAUAGAACAUGUUCAAACAAAGUAAGCAGAUAUUAACAGUAAAUUAUUUUUUUUACAGUUUGUCCCUUUACUAUUAAAAGACAAGUUGUCUAGUGUGUUGACUAUUUUAUAUUUGAUUUAUUAACUUUUUAUUGACAUCCAUAAAUGUGAUGAGUGGACAUCAUGCCGGACUUUACUAGCUGCAGUGUGUGACUUCAGCCACAAGAGGGCGCCAUCCCCUCACUGAGUUGCAUUGGCGCAGAGAGCCCAGAUGGUCAAAAGUUUACGUACACUUGUAACGAACAUGACGUCAUGGCUGUCUUGACUUCCCAGUCAUUUCUACAAUGAUGUGAUUGGAGCACAUAUUUGUUGCUCACUAAAAACAUUCAUAAAGUUUGCUUCUUUUAUGAAUUUA